AUGCCCCCAACUCAAUACCCAAGCGAGACUCCAUCAGAAGUGCCUUCACAGUCACCCACCACAGCAGUGGCACCUUCACAGUCGCCCACCACAGCUCCCACAAAUCCACCGUCACCUGUGCCUUCUGUCAUGCCAAGUUCCAUCCUAUUUGGUGACAAGACUUCCUUGAUUGCAGCUCUAGAGCAAGGUGACUACUCACCUUCAGGUCCUUACGGGUCAAUUCUGUCAUGGAAUGUACAGGCAGUUGCUGACUUUGGCAGCUUGAUCUCUGGUCUUACUAUUGCAGCAUCAUUUAAUGGGGACGUCAGCAUGUGGGAUGUUAGUGGAGUAACUGCCAUGGACAGAAUCUUCACGGGUGCUACUGCUUUCAAUGUGCCACUAAAUAAUUGGGUAGUCUCAAACGUGAAUACCUUGUUCGUUGCCUUUGAUGGAGCGAGUGCCUUCAACAAUGAUUUAAAUUCCUGGGAUACAAGCAGAGUUUUAGACAUGAGGUAUAUGUUUGAAAGCUGCAGCUCUUUCAACGGAGAUCUCAGUUCAUGGCAAACAAGCCGUGUCACGGACAUGCGGGCGAUUUUUGAUAAAUGCACAGUGUUCAAUUCUGAUAUUAGUGGUUGGGAUGUCAGCAAGGUGAAAGAAAUGGAAGCAUCCUUUCGGCAAUGCUUAGCUUUCAAUAUUGACCUAUCAAGCUGGGAUAUUUCUCCUGUAACGGACUAUCAAAAUAUGUUCGAUGGUGCUACAAUCUUCACCCAGAAUCUGUGUGCUUGGGGUAACAAGAUAGAUGGAGCUUCCAGUGGUUUUUUGGGUGGCAUAUUUUCAGGUACUGCUUGUCCUACUACGGGAAGCCCAGACCUGACAGCAUCACCCAAAGGUCCCUUCUGUCAUGCUUGUCCAUAA